ACUUGAGUGCACGAAACGAACACAUGUUUGUUGUUUUUCCCAGGUAUUAGGUGUCAACCACUUGAACCAUCCAGAAUGACCUACCACUCUUUUUGUGAUGUUGUGAGCAACCAACCCCACAGGAUUUGGAUCUUCUGAAGCCAAUUGGUGAUCAAUAUCAAAUUAUCAAUAAAACGGUUAUCUAAUUUCUAUACCGACCAAAAAAUGAAGAGAAGAAGAAGAAUGGUUAGAUUUCCAUCUUCCUCCGCCUUCCUUAAUCCUUAGCAUCAUCAUCAUCAUCGUCAUCCUGUCUCUCCGCUUCUGUCCAAAUUAUAUGGGUGUUUGGAUGAACUGCUUGCAUUUUCUUUUCAAUUCAUCAAAAAACGGGAGAGCGCACAUGUAGUGCAAAUCUAUUUUAAAGAGGGAAAUUUGUGAGUUUUGAUGGAUUUUCUGCCGGACCAGUUAUUAUGGGAGAUCUUGAGCAGGAUUAAGAAAACCACUGACCGAAACUCUGUUUCUUUGGCAUGUAAGCGCCUGCACGGAUUGGAUAAUGAACAGAGACAAUCUCUUCGGGUUGGUUGUGGAUUAGACCCUGCAAAUGAAGCUUUGACAUCUCUCUGCAGUAGGUUUGUGAACUUGACAAGGGUUGAGAUAACUUAUGCCGGUUGGAUGUCCAAACUAGGAAAGCAGUUGGAUGACCAAGGGCUUCUUAUUCUUUCCAACUACUGUCCUUCUCUGGUGGAUCUCACAUUAAGCUACUGCACAUUCAUCACGGAUGUGGGUAUCCGUCACUUGUCUUCUUGCUCAAAACUUUCAGCUUUGAAGUUGAAUUUCAACGCAAGGAUAACUGGAUGUGGCAUAUUAUCUGUUGUUGUGGGCUGCAAGAACCUCACUACCCUACAUCUUAUCCGAUGCUUAAAUAUUAGCAGUUUUGAGUGGCUUGAAUAUCUUGGAAGGCUUGAAACUCUGGAAGAUCUCUCCAUUAAGAAUUGCAGAGCUAUUGGGGAGGGUGAUUUGAUUAAGCUAGGUUCCAGUUGGAAAAAAUUAAAAUGCUUGCAAUUUGAGGUUGAUGUUAAUUACAGAUAUAUGAAAGUUUAUGAUCGUUUAGCUGUGGAUCGAUGGCAAAAGCAGUGGGUCCCAUGUGAGAAUAUGGUGGAACUUAGCUUGGUAAAUUGCAUCAUCAGCCCGGGGCGGGGGCUUGCUUGUGUGCUGGAGAAGUGCAAGAAUUUGGAGAAGAUUCACUUGGACAUGUGUGUUGGGGUAAGGGACUGUGACAUCAUAGGCUUAGCUCAAAAGUCAAAAAAUCUUCGCUCCAUUUUCCUUCGCGUUCCGUCAGAUUUCUCACUUCCUCUUUUGAUGAAUAACCCAUUGAGAUUAACUGAUGAAUGUCUAAAAGCUUUGGCGCAAAACUGUUCUAUGCUUGAAUCUGUCAGGAUAUCUUACUCGGACGGGGAGUUCCCUUCUUUUUCCUCAUUUACAUUAGAUGGAAUCCUCAAUUUGAUUCAGAAGUGCCCUGUGCGGGAACUUGCUUUCGACCAAGUGUAUUCCUUUAAUGAUGUUGGUAUGGAAGCUCUUUGCUUGGCUCAGCAUCUGGAGACCUUGGAGCUAAUCAGAUGCCAAGAGAUAAGCGAUGAGGGGCUGCAGCUCGUGGGCCAGUUUCCCCGGUUGUCCAUUUUGCGUUUAAUCAAGUGUUUAGGGGUUUCUGAUGAUGGGUUGAAGCCGCUUGCAGGGUCAUACAAAUUGGAAUUGUUAGCUGUGGAAGAUUGUCCUCUAAUUUCUGAAAGAGGAGUUCUUGGAGCUGCGAAGUCCGUAUCUUUCAGACAAGACUUGUCAUGGAUGUUUUGA